GGGUCUAAACGAUCUGUGCGACAGAGGAGGAGGCAGGAGGCUGUGUUGCAUGCAGUGUGCGUGUGUUAGUGCGGGGGUGUAAGAACGCAGGAAUAAUCGGAGCGAGAGACGGCAGCAGGCAAUGUGUGGAUCCCUUCUGUGGAUGCUGUCUGCCUUCAAACCUGGAAAAAGAGGAUCAUGAACACAGCACAAGAGGAUUGAUAGCGUAAAACACGUCUUGCAGGAAAGAAACAGACGCACAGGGUAAAAGGCAAGUGGACUGUGCACGGUUUCUGGAACGAGGGACAGGUUUGGGACGGAUGAGGCAUUGAUGCAUCCUUUGCAUGCGUUGCCCAGAAGCGUCUGGAUUGGGCAAGCAGCGCACGUCUCUGUGCAAUAAACAGCGCGGCAUAUCACUUAAGCCAGUCAUCUGGAUUUUUUUCUCUCAGCCUGCGAGGAAGCCAAGGAAAUAUUGAAGUUUUUUAAGCUACAGUAGUAAAUAGGAUUUCUUCUUUCUCUUUAUUAUUGCCUGUGUUCAACUUACCAGCCUGUGACCAUUCAGGUGUGUGAGGUGUUUAUUUGUAGAAGGCCAAGCCAAAAACAUUAGUGCUGACCAGUGCGUGUUUGAAAGUGUGUCAACCGAAUGUUUUUAUUCAGUGGCUCAGGAGCUCUUGCACACAGAUGCAAAGGUGUCGAAGGAUUGCAUUGCAUUACUGAUGCCAGUGUGGUACUUAUUGAAUCCGCACGUCACUUCAAUGAAAUAUUGCGUUCGGACCUUUGUUCGACCCUUCUGUCGCUGAGAAAUUAAAUGUAUUUCCUCAUUUCCCAACGUUUUUCCCGUGGGUCAAAGACAAUCAUAUCUUUCGAGGUUUCUGCAUCAAAAGAACAUAUGAAGUUUUAAAGACAACGAUUUUGUUCCUACAACCUGCUGGUUUAUCACUUGUGAAGUUGUUAAAGUCUCGUCAAAGUGGGGAUCAUUUGGCCCCUGGGGGUCCGGGUCCAGGCUCCGGCCCCGGCCCCCAAUCCCAAAAUGCGUCGCUCAAGCACAGAUGAAACGCCGUACCGCCGCAGUCCUUCGUUAGACAGCAAGUCAGGCUCGCCUCCUCAACGUUACAGCGGGGAGUACGAAUACCACAGCACGCCGUUUGUCUUUGGCCUUCGAACACCAGGGUCCAAAAAAGCUCAAGCAAGCUACACCACAGCGCAGGGCAGAAAAUAUGUGGUGUUUUACCUGGACCUGUCCUUCAUCUUCCUCCUAGAGCUGCGGCGCUGCAGGAUGGCCGAGGGCUGUGUGAGGGCCCUGAGAUACGGGAUGGUUUUCUUCAACCUGCUCUUUUGGCUCGGGGGUUGUGGGAUACUUGGAGUUGGAGUUUGGUUAUCCAUUACCCAGGGAAACUUUGCUACUCUAUCAUCCUCCCUGCCGUCACUUUCUGCUGCCAAUCUCCUCAUCGCUGUCGGCACCAUCAUCAUGGUGAUUGGCUGUCUGGGGUGUGUGGGUGCGGUCAAAGAGAGUCGUCCGUUACUCCUGAGUUUCUUCAUCCUGUUGCUCCUGCUUCUGUUCCUGGAGAUUCUGUUCAUCAUUCUCUUCUUUGCUUAUCAAGAUCAGAUUGAUCUGUAUGCUCAGAGUGAUCUGAAGAAAGGUCUACAGCUAUUUGGAACAGAAGGAAACAUCGGCCUGACCAACGCCUGGAGUAUCGUCCAAACGGAUUUUCGCUGCUGUGGAGUGAAUAAUCACACAGAUUGGUUUCAUGUGUACAAUGCCACUCAAGUGCCGGACUCGUGUUGUCUGGAGUACAGCGAUAACUGCGGCCUGGAGAAUCCUGGCACCUGGUGGACCGCUCCAUGCUAUGAGCGGGUAAAGGGCUGGCUGCAUGAAAAUCUGGUGGCUCUGUGGAUUUUUGCUCUGUGUUUGGCUCUAACACAGAUUCUGGGUCUGGUGUUCUCCAUGACCAUGUUCUGUCAUGCAGUGAAAGUGGACACAUUCUAUGCAUAAAAGCCCGACUGAGACCAGCACUGCCACAACAGGACCAAAUCAUUUCAGAUCCUCAAACAACACGCAACACUGUAAAGGCCAAUUCACACCAACAUUCUAACAUUCUCAAUGACAUCGAUCCAAUGUGGGAUGCCAACGGGGAUUUCACACUGAUCCACAAACUCAAAUAAACACCAUGUUUAUAGCAGCAGUAUAAUGAGUCAAUUAAAACAAACUGAUCUUUACUGUGAAUAAGUACAUUUACUUGUACUGUUGUUGUUAUCCUUCAGAACUGUCCUCUUCUUGUCAUAUACUGGCAGUAUGUGCAGUGCACUUGAUUUGCUGAAGGGUUUAUUAUUAUUAUUAUUCAUGUGUUCAUCAUGGAGACAGACAGAUGAAUAACCAAUGGUGUUAUUUUAUACUUGUUGUUUAUACUUAAUUGUAUGAAUACAUAUUACUCAUGAUAUGCAUUACAUCCAUUUAAAUUUAUUCUGAUUGGGCUUGAGUUCACAUUCAAUUAAGAUCACAAUUUCGUAUUUCUGACUUGUACACUUUCUAAAAAUAUGACGUUAGUUUUUGAAGAAAUUUAGAAAAGAUGUUUGAGUACUGAUGUGGAAACGAGCACAGCAUUAAGAAUAAAAAAUGUAACGCACGAACAAAGCAACACGUGAGCCUCAUGAUCUACAGUAGCCCCAAGACAAGGUCACUAUGGGCAGCACAGAGAAGUGGAGCUAUUAUAUGGACGUCUUUUCAACCCCCCUUCACACGUAAACACAUACUGUCAUCAUUUAUUCACCCUCCAUACAUUUCUUCGGCUGAAAAUAAAAAAAGAUAUUUUGAAGAUUGUUGUCGACUGGCACCUAUUUGCUUGCAUUGGUUUUGUGACUAUAAAAUAGAAGGGAGUGGGUCCCGCUGCUGUUCAGAAACCAACUUUCUUCAAAACAUCUUCGUUUGUGUUCUGGGGAAGAAAGAAAUUCAUUCAGGUUUGAAAUGACAGGCAGGUGAGUUUAAAUGACAGAAUUUUCAUUUUUGGGUGAACUUUCAAUUUAAACUCAAUCCAGUGAUAAAACCAGAGAAAAGAGUGGAAAUAGCAAACUUUACAGUCAAUAAAACGUUUGCUUAUAUAAAGUUGACUGGCAGAUGAGAAAAAAACCCUCCUGCUUCAAAAAAAGGUUGGAAUGUCAUUGCAAUCCAUUCUAAAAUAUUUAACAAAUGACGCUCGAGCCUCAAACACUUAAUUAUUUUACAGCUAGCAAAAUUUCAUCAUUUAUUUUGUGAAAGUUGCUCACAGUACACUUGCUUUGAUAUUUUGCGAGGACAUUCAGACAUCUUAUAUUGUCCAGAUUCUUCCUGGAAUCACUGCAAACCCAAGCUGUGGAGAUCUGCUGUAGCUGUGUAGAUUUGAAGAGAAACAUCAUGGGGUGGAUUCCCGUAGUUCCAGAAUAACAAUUAACACUGUCAUAUCAUAAAUACUGUUAAAUAAUAUAUCACAAAAUAUAAUCAGUGUGAUGGUGUCUCAAGAUUCACACAAAUGAUUUUUGUUGAAUUAAAUAUCCUUAUUUCACUAUGGCCUAGUCCUGGCUCAAGCUGAUCCUUGUCAGGGAAACCGCCCCACAUCAUUCUGCUCGAAACACAGAAUGACAUGUAUGAGAGCAUAUUAACAGAAUACAUGAGCACAAUUUCCUUCAAAUAUGAAGUUUUUUUGUAUUUAUGUACAAUACCAGGCGAUUUCUACAAUACCGUACAGAUAUCCCACAAUGCAAUGCACUUGACCUUACAUUUCCAGUAUGAUAUGUGAUACAGAAAAUCAACCAAGUUCUUCACCUUUGCGGAUUACUACUUUUGGAUGACAUUGAAAGUAUUUUUUCAACAUGUAAAAUGUUUUAAAUGGAAAAAAAUAUAUCCGUUUAUGUUACGAUAAUACGACAAUGUAGCGUACUACUGUUUUAAGCAGUGUUGUAUAAGGCUAUACUACGUUAUGAAAAGCAAAUAAGCAGAAUCCAGUAUGUGGAGGUUGUAAUAUGAACAGUCAGUAUGACAGAACUUAUUAUAAACAGAAAUAUGUAUAGAGCUGUGAUGUAAUGAAUAAAGCUUUUACAACCGUG